AUUAUUAGUGUAAGUUUAUUUAUUUCGUUCCUACUAAUUUCGUUCCAAUUCAACUUUUUAAUGCCUCGUUCAAUUUUCAUUCAUUUAUUUUAUUAUCAUUGUUAUUGUUAUCUGGUGGCUUUUAUUAUUCAAAUGAAAUUGAAUAAUAAAAAUAUAGAAGACGCUUAUUAUUUCCCUUAUAACCUGUGAGAAUUCGUUUUGUUCAAGUUGUUGUUACUGUUAUUUUGUUAAGUAUUUUGGAUCAAGAUGAUGUUUUAAAAUUAAAACUCUUGACUUGAUGUCCAAUAAUUUCAAAGCACGUUAAAAAUAUUCCAUACAUUUGUGGGUGAGAGAGAGGGAGAGGGAGGGAGGGAGGAAAGGAAAUUUUGAUUCGCAGAGAAAAAUGAAAGCUAAGGGUUGAGAAGUGGGGAUAGGGGUCAAAGAGGUAAUUGUGAAGGGGAAGAGCAUAAUUCGAUGUGGGGGAGAUGAAACAGUAGAGGUGAUCAGGAAACAAACAAGAGAAUCAAAUAUUUCAUUGAAGGCCUCAUCACUCAUAGUUUCUAUAUAUAAAAAAAGAAUAAAGGCCCCAAUUCUCAUGGAAUUAGAAGGAGGAGGAAGGAAGCUAGCAGCAAUAAUAACCAAAGGCGGAAGAAGAAGAAGAAGAAGAAUUGAAGCUAGCAGCAUAGCGUACAUGUCUUCAACACGAGAAAGAAAGAAAAAACAUGCUCAAAACAAAGCCUCAUCAAAUCACACACAGGAUCUGAAUCAUCAACAGGAGGAGGCGGAAUCCUCCUCUUCUUUCCCCGAUGACUUGCCCACGGUGAGGGUGGAAACCCUAGACAAGGGAUUCCGAGUUAACGUGUUCUCCGAAAAGAAUUGCCCCGCCAUGCUCGUCUCCGUUCUCGAGGCCUUCGAACAGCUCGGCCUUGAUGUGCUUGAUGCUAGGGCUUCUUGUGAAGACACUUUCCAGUUCGAAGCUGUGGUAGGAUCUCAAAGUGAAGAGAAGGAGAUAGACGCCCAAACGGUGAAGCAAACGGUGCUGCAAGCAAUCAACAGUGCCAUGGACUGAUGUACCUGAUAGGAGCAAGAGAUGAAGUACCUCCUUUUUUUUUUUUUUUUGUCUUCUUCUAUUUUUUUUUUCAAGUGUAAAAUUCACAUAUAUCCAAAUUCCAAAGUGAAAGGCCAAACCUAAAUUACCUCUUCGAA